AUGGGAAUGACUGAGGCCGAGGUGCUUUGUGUUCAGGUGGAGGCCAGUAGACGGUGCCAGCUUCAGUGGGGUCUGCCAGCUGUCAUCCAGAGAGCUCGCCAUGCCCACGACCCCUUGCAGUUUGAGCCAUGGGACAAAGCCAAGGCUUCUGAGACUGGGAAAAUGUCCUGGCCAGGGAAGCCAGUCUCCAGGAAACUACACUUCUUCCCAGGGCAUGCUCGCAGGCUGCUGGAAUUUCACUUCCAGAAGCAAUUGAUUCACCUACGCUGGGGCCUGCCCGAGAAGAUCCAGCAGUCCUUCCAGUUGCUCCUUCCCUCUGCUGAUCAGCAGACCCUGUCCUGAAGCAGCACAACCCUACCCAAUGUGAGUAACCCCCAGCCUAUGGCUCUAAAGGACAAGGGGAAUGGUGACCCAUUCUCACCCAUACUGGCCCAAAUGUCAAUCCCCAUGCCACUCUUAUUCACCCAGUCCAAGGCAAUAUUGCAGAGCCACAUUGACUCCAAAUGUGGACAGAUCCACCAGAGCAAGGUCCCUUGUUGUGUCUAUAGCUCCUGAGAAGGCACAGUUCCUAGGGGCCUGGCAGUGGCUCCCUUCCCCUGCAUUCCACAAGGCCAGCCCCUGGAGCUGCAGGCAGCAACUGACCCUCACCUAUAUAACAAAGUUAUGCCCUGGAUGCCAACGGCCACUGAUCAGCAAAAACAGGUCUCAGCAGUCACUGUCAUUGAACACCCUAAGCUGCACGGAGCCCUGUCUCAAGGAACCAUUGAGAAACUGGAGAUGACUUUACAGCACAAGUAUCUCGCCUUCCUGUCAGGACUGCCUGCUCUUUACUCUGUAGCUCUUUCUAUGGCUACGGCUCCAGCAAUCCCUAGCCAAUCUGUAACCACAGAG